GAAAAACUACAUUACCCAGAAUGCACGAAACAAAUCCACCUUUACCCAAGCAUUUAUCUUCCUUGUAGAUGCAGUGCACUGUAGCCAACCAAGUGAAAAGCCGUUUUAAGGUUCAUCUUUGCAUUGAAUAAUGGGCAAUACAACGUCGAGGAGGAGUUCGAAUCGAAUUGCUAUGGAGCCUGAAAAGACAACGGUGUUCAAGCAGGAGCAGACGCGCGGUGUAACUUACAGGAUCCCGGCUCUCAUCUACCUCAGAGAAGCUCAAACAUAUCUAGCCUUUGCGGAAAAGCGCGCAACCCCCCGUGACAGCGACGCCAAAAUCAUCGUGAUGCGGAAGGGAACGCUGUUAAGCGGUUCUAUUCAGUGGUCAUCCUCACAGGAGCUGCUUUCUGCUGGUCUGCCAGGCCACCGCACCAUGAACCCUUGCCCUGUGCACGAGAAGGUGACAAACACGCUCUUCCUCUUUUUCAUCUGUAUUAAGAGCAAUACGACAGAGCACCACCAGGUCAUAACGGGCAAGAACGCGGCCAGGCUCUGUUACAUUUCCAGCAAAGACAAUGGUCUGACUUGGAGCAAGACUAAGGACUUGACCGACAGCGUGAUCAGUAAGAAGGUCAGAAACUGGGCCACGUUUGCCGUCGGACCCGGGCACGGCAUCCAGAUGGAGAGCGGGCGGCUGGUCGUUCCCGCUUACGUGUACUACAUCCACUGCGAGUGCGCCUGCAUCCCUCUCCCCUGUUCCGUCAAGCCGCACUCCCUCUCUUUCUACAGCGACGACCGCGGUGAGACAUGGCACGUCGGACACAUCAUCCAAAGAAUGUCUUGCGAGUGCGAGAUGGCCGAAAUCAUUGACCGCGACGGCCGGAGUCACUUGUACUGCAACUCCCGUAACACCAGCGGCCACAGGGUAGAGGCUCUGAGUGAGACCAGCGGGAACACCUUUGACAAGCCCUGCUUGGCCCCAAAGCUGGUGGAGCAGUGCUCUGGCGGUUGCCAGGGAAGCGUGAUAGGCUUCCCUGUACCUGAGUCCCUCUCCGAGGAACAAGCUGGGGCAAACAAGGAUGACAUGAACUUGCCGUACUCCUCAGACACGCAGACCUGGCUGCUCUACUCGCACCCUACAAACAAAAGGAAGCGGAGUGAUUUGGGGGUGUACCUCAACAGGUCCCCUUUGCACACGCUAGGAUGGGAGAAGCCCUGGAUCAUCCACCACGGUCCCAGCGGCUACUCCGACCUGGCAUAUUGCGAGGGGGAGCAGUUUGCCUGCCUCAUGGAGUGCGGGAAGGAGAGUGAACUCGAGGAGAUAGCCUUUGUGGAUUUCCACCUCAACGAUGUCAUGGAAGCAAUAAACGGGAAGUUAAAGACACCCUAGGUUCAUGUAGUAGCACUUUAAAAAAAAUAGGCAGGUACACUGUUUUUCCUAUCUCUCAGUGAAUGCAUGCGGAUAGUAUAAUGGUAUCCCCGACCCCCAACAACGGUCCUCCCCCCCCCCCCCCCAUUGAAUUUUCAUUUACUGCCUUAUGACUGUCAACCCAACACGCUAUAUUUAUGGAAAAAACUGCUUAGGAAUGACCCUUUCAGUAUACUGUCUGUCUGUAAUUUCUAGAAAAUCAUUUAUAAACUCUCUUUUUUUCAGUCGGUGAACAGAAUGUGUCGUAUAUGUACAUUAACAUUCAAUAAGAAGUUUUUAAAGAUGAAUUCCAAAUUAAAGGCAAUUCUGAUCAGUUCUCAGAACAGUACCAUUCACAGCACAGUAGCAUCUGAAAUACUGAAUUUAUGAUUUCUUAUUGAAUUGAAAAAUGAUUACUGCCAAAAAAAACGAUACAAAAAUGUAAUUCAUUCUCAGAACAUCAUUGCUUCCUAGAUUCCAGUUUGUACCGUGGAUAUGAUUUUAAAAUCACAGAAUGGGGCUGUCUUUCACAGUAUGUCCUCCAUGUUCUGAGUGCUGCAUGUGUCAGUCCUCAAAGGACACUGUUGAUCCAUUGUACUUUGUGCCAAAAUAAACUGAUCUGGUGUAAUUGUA